AUGUCUCGAUCUUCAGCCAAUGCUGCUACAGAGAGUGGUCGAGUAAACCUCAUGCAGAGCCCUUCUUUGAGCCUGCAUACGUUUCUGAAGAGAGCUCGAUCUGCACAAAUCAGCAAUACGGGUGCGAAGCUUUUUGGGUCCACCCCCAGGCUCUCCGUGGCGGUCACCGAUGCCCAAGGCGCGGAUCAACAAACUGUCGCCAGAUUUUAUGUGAGCGUAGGGUGGAAACCCGACAACGAUUUGUUGACCCUCCCUUUAGCCACACUCGAAGGCCGAUUGUUUGCGACUUCACAUUUUCUAUUAAGCCGUCUGCCUGUUUCUCUGGUCAUGGCUGCGUCGUUGGCCUUGCAAGUUUUGGCCGCUGUGCUGGAUGUUCUGCGCUGGUCUGUGGUCGAGAGUGCCAGCUUCACGAGCUAUGGCAGUGAUUCCAUGACUGCGCUUCGAUUCGUAGCAGAAUGUAAGAGUCGUGGUGUGCUUGUCGCUGUCGAUACCAUUCUUUUAAGUCCCUCCAUUGGGCACCUCUUGCAGCAAUGCCGACAACUCAAUUCGGAAGCAAUAACAGCACCACCCACUCGACUUUCUAUGCCAUCUAUUGAUGAUGGUGGCGAAGAAAAUGAUCAUGGCAACAACACCAGCCGAUGUUCUGUCACUGAGAUUGGCCUUGCUGAGCCAUCUACACCGGUCGAUGAUCUACGUCUAGUCUCCAUCGAGACGGAGGAGCUAUGCGAUCCCAGCGUUGUGACCAGGGAAAUCACCGAGUUGUCGGAAAGCCAAAUCUCCCUCGUGCACGGCAGCAUGGAAGCGCCUGGAGCAAACAUCAUCUACUACUACGAGACAUAUCGCCCAGAUCAGGUGUCACGCAUGAAGAAUGCUUGGAAGCAAAUUCUCCAUAUGGAACCGAUCUUUCGCACUAUAUAUCGCAGUCCAGAAGAUGGCUGCUUGAUGCUUCCCAAGUUUCAUUGGCGCCAGUUCACAACCACGAAAACGCAAGCUUACCAAGAUGCGUUGUCGGCUGGCCAGAUGGGAGUUCGUCCUUGGCCGAACGUUAGUGCAGUAAUUGAUCUUGCUGUGCGAUUCACCAUAGUGCAUUAUCAGGGUGUAGCGCCUGCUGACAGCCGAAGCACACUUGUCUGGUCCGUUCACCAUGCUCUCAUCGACGGCUGGUCUGCCUCGCUUCUCCUGCAGAAGGUCCACCUGGCUGCGUCAGGCCAAGCUGUUCAACCUGGGCCGCCCUAUUCCGACCUCUGCGUAGCGCUAGAUCAGCUGAGGUCAUCUCGCAAAGCGGAAGGCGACGAUUUUUGGACUGAGCAGCAAGACAAGCUCGCUGCAGCGCGAGACGAGCCUCUCAUUCCAGCUGCAUCGACAAACAGCGCUGGGUCUUGUAAGGAGGAGAUUCGCAUCACUUUGGGCCAUCACCACAAUUCUAUAAAGGCCGCGGCGCGAUCCUGUGACGUCACUCCAACCACGUUUUUCCAUGCAGCAUGGGCAAUGUGGCUUGGGCUGUACACAGAUUCCGACAAUGCUGUUACUGGCACGGUCGUAUCCGGUCGCAAUCACCCCUUGCCCGGCGUGUUAGAUGCGAUUGGACCCAUGGUGAAUACACUACCACUUCAGGUUGAUAUAUCCUGGAGCAUUUCAGUACGCGAUUUUGUCGGAGAUGUAUUCAAUCGCAUGCAACAUCUUCAAAGAUACUCCUGGACGACGCCUGAUAAUGGCUUUUCGCGUGUAAGGGGACCUCUGCUGGCCAUGCAACCUGAUGCACAACGAUGGGAAGAGGGGUCUGUGGGGCAGAUUGGUCGAUCGUUCUCGAGGCAGACCACUAAUCUGCCUCUAAGCGCUGUCGUUACUGAUGAUGGCAGCGUGAUCUUACAAUACUGCAGCCAACGUUACAGUCGCAGCCACAUGGAAACUGCUUCGAGAGUCCUCGAAGAGUUGUUAAUCUCCCUAUGCCAAACGGAAAACACUCUCGAGUCUUGUGCUUCAGGGCUUUUAUCUACCACUUCCAUCGCGACUUUCCGCUCAAUGGGAAACUGCAACUCUUCUGCGUCGACGGGGUCUUCUAUCACAGAUGAUCUAGUCACUCUGUUUGAGCGCGCGGCUACAAAGUACCCUUCUGCUGUUGCAAUUGAGCGCGUGAAUCGAAAGACUACCUAUGCUGAACUGGAAAGACUUUCCGGCCGCAUCGCUCGCACCCUCGCAGGCUUGAUAACUCCGGAAGGGGUUGUCGCAGUGCAUGCAGAUGGCUCAAUAAUUGGAGACUCCCUUUUUGAGAGUUCCACCGCCCGAUUCUUCCUCGCCACCACCAGUGACGCCUUGUCCGUUAAGCCCAAGACUGCUCUCUCAGCGCUUGACAUUGAGUCGAUGGUAGACAAAUCUGGAUCAGACUCAACGACAUGUUUCGGCUUAAGAGCUGAGCCUAGGCCAUGGGAAAGGGCUUAUCUUUGCUUCACAUCGGGAUCCACUGGCAAACCCAAGGGUGUCAUGUGCACGCAUCAAGGACUCGUUGCCUUUCAACGGGAUUUCGAGGUCCGCUUGCUUGCGACGAUCGGGACACGCGUUGCGCAAGUCAUGUCAGUGGCCUUUGAUGGAAGUAUUCACGAACUGUUCUCUGCUAUUUCUUACGGCGCAACCCUUGUUCUGCGACAGGAGGGAGAGGCAUUCGGACACUUAAAAACCGUGGACUCGGCGAUUCUUACUCCUUCCAUUGCCUCUGUCUUGGACCCAGACGACUUUCCAAGAUUAAAGACGGUCUACAUGGUAGGUGAGGCGGUUCCCCAAGCGGUUUGCAACACAUGGGCUGCCCGUAAGGUGGUCUACAACAUGUACUGGCCCACAGAGGCGACCUGCGGCGCUACCAUCAAACGGCUGCGUCCGAAUCAACCUGUCACAAUAGGAGGGCCAAAUCCAUCGACCAGAAUAUAUAUUCUGGAUCAUCGUCAGCGGCUGGCUCCAAUUGGAAGGAUUGCCGGAGAGAUAGUCUUUCUUGGACGGGCUGAUCGCCAAAUCAAGCUUCAAGGUUUUCGCGUGGACCUCGAGGAUCUGGAGGCGCGUGUCCUCCGGGCAUGCGAUGGAGCUCGGGCAGUGGCCAUCACACGCAGAGGCGAUGACCUGGUUUGUAUGAUACAGACUGCCUCUUCCGACGUUGCCGGAAUGCGAGCGACCAUUCGCAAAGUGCUUCCUGCCUUCGCAGUCCCUAGGUAUAUUUCCGCCGCCGCCAAACUUCCCAUGACUUCGACUGGCAAAGUGAACUACAGGGCAAUCGCUGAUGGCGCUGCCGACUCGCACCAAAAUGAGGAGAAUUUGGAGACCGAGACUGAAGCUAUCGUCGCAGCUGCUUGGAGUCAAGUGCUGAAGUGCGGCCCUUGUGAUGCCGCUAUUGGCCCUCGCGCGAACUUCACUCAGCUAGGGGGCCACUCUUUGCAGCAAUUACGACUGGCGGCCAGACACACGGCAGUCUUUGGCGAGCAUAUCACCGUGCGAAUGAUCGCAGAGCUCCCUACCCUAAGAGAUUUGGCUGGUACAAUCGACAAGAUGAAGAAAGGGCCAAAUUCUUCUGAAUGUCAAAAGCAGGGUCGCGGCCAGUAUGAGCCAUCACCAAUGGAGAAAGAGUGGUGGCAGAAGUAUCAAUUGGACCGCAGUUCAUCUGCAUUCAAUGUCAGCUACGUCGGCCAGUACGAUCCCAACACUGUCAGCCGGAAAAAGUUAAUCGAUGCAUGGAAUGUGGUUCUGGCGCGCCACGACGUCUUCCGCGGCCGGUAUGUGCAGCAUCGCAGACAGGGCUUGCAGCGAAUUGUCCUGAAUGAAGCGGCCACUGUCUACCACAACGAGCCCCUUCCUCCUUCCGUGCAGCCCUACUACCAGAGGGUGAUCGCAGAUGCUGUAUCACCGCCUUGCUAUCUCAGCUUCUGGUCUGAGUAUUUACGAGACGUGAAACAAGCUCGACCUGCCUACCUUGGUAAUGGUGCCGAACGGACGAGCUAUCGAGGCAAAUCGUCUGUGGCUCGUGUGUCUGCCUCGCUUUGGCGUCGCAUCCUGGAUCAAGCGGCGCAGUCCGGUGUCACAUUACAGCAGCUCAUCCUGGCCGCGGUUGCAGCUGCCGUCAGCGCUGAUGACUCCGAUUUUGACAUUACGCUGGGCAUGCCAUUUAUCAAUCGUCAGUCAGAGGCGGAUAUGCACGCAGUCGGCCUCUUCUUAGAGCCACUUCCGGUGCGUGUGGCAUUCACGGAUGAGUCCCCUUUAUCUUCCGCGAAAGACAUCGUCGAUGGCUACUCGGAUGUCGCUCUACAACGGACACCUACAUCAAUUGGCUCCUAUCUUGCUGCCGUCCAAGCCUCGUGCCAGCGUUCCCUGUCACAUGCAAUCCCCUGGCACCAGUUGCUCGAUCAUCUGGAAAUCGAUCCCCAGGAGCAGCUCCCUGGUCAUCCAUUAUUUGAUUGCGUUGUGUCCUUCCAUGACGCUCGCCGUGGUGCUAUGGCCUCAACAGCAGAUGAAAGAGAAGGCGGUCCUUGGAGCAUGUUUGCCCUUGGUGAUGGCGUAGAACCGCAGUUUGUGUGGAGUGAGGGUGCCAAAUUCAAGCUCAUGGUCGAGUGUAUGGCAGUCGAUGACGACACCUUGCUGCUUCGGCUCGAGUAUGAUACGACAUGCUUCGAAGGAACCGAGCGUAUUUCCGCUGUUCGACGGAUGAUAUUGCAUGCCAUGGACGCAAUCUCCUCGCGUGACACGCGGAUAUCUUUUGUCGAUUUGUGCCAGGAGCUACAAGCAAUGUGGCAAACUGAAAAGGCUUCUGGGUUUGCACAACAAGUUGGUAAUAGAAUCGAUGCGAACCUACUAGAGGAUCGCAAGGCGUUUUUUCAAGAGAAGCUGUCGAAGUUACAUACUCCUUGA